UAAGUGGUGUCGUGUCAAUUGCCAGUACUAUCAAUUCUUCUUUUACAUCCUUUUACACACUAUCAUACGCACGCACACGCACACGCAAAUCGCUUUCUCUUUUGAUUCGCCUUCGUGUGUUCAUUGUUGGAUUUUACCCUGAUACGAUUCGUAGAUCGGAUUCCAUCAAACAAUCAAUCAAUCAAAACAACAAAAAAGAAGCAAAGUCUAACGAUCUCAAUUGAAAGAUCUUCUUUUUGUAUCAAAUUCGAUUCUGUCCUGUUCUCUCUUUUUCUCGUCCUCUCGUAAUCAGUCAAAAUGGGUCUCUCAGUUUCUCGUCUAUUGAGCGGACUCUUCGGUAAGAAGGAAAUGCGUAUCUUGAUGGUGGGAUUGGAUGCUGCCGGUAAGACAACCAUUCUUUACAAGCUCAAACUUGGUGAAAUUGUUACAACCAUCCCCACUAUCGGUUUCAACGUCGAAACUGUCGAAUACAAGAACAUUUCUUUCACAGUAUGGGAUGUCGGUGGUCAAGACAAGAUUCGUCCUUUGUGGAGACAUUACUUCCAAAACACACAAGGUAUCAUUUUCGUCGUUGACUCAAACGAUCGUGAACGUGUUUCAGAAGCUCGUGAAGAAUUACAACGUAUGCUUAACGAAGACGAAUUGCGGGACGCUCUCUUGCUCGUCUUUGCUAACAAACAAGAUUUGCCAAACGCAAUGAACGCUGCUGAGAUCACUGAUAAACUUGGUCUUCACAGCCUGCGACAACGUCAAUGGUUCAUCCAAGCAACAUGUGCUACCAGUGGAGAUGGUUUGUACGAAGGUCUCGAAUGGCUCUCUACAAACUUGAAGCGCCGUGUUUAAACAUCUUAAUGGAUGAGAAACAACCGCUUUUUCGAUCUUGUUAGGCGAUUCGUGUGAGGGUGGAAGGGUCAAUCAGUACAAUCGAUUAAUACUUUGUUCGAAGUGGAUAACGAGAAGAAAAGACUGCAGGUUGGUCCUUGUGGUGGGUGUUUAAUCUCUCGUGUAUUUCAGUAGCACAUAAAAUAUACAAAACAAUCACUCUUUCUUUUUCAACGUUCGAUAAACUA